CACCGAUCAGAAGCCGCCGGCUGACGCGCGCACGCGCCGCCUUAGACAAAAUUCAUUUUACUUUUUAAAACAAAAUUUGCGAAAUAUCCACUCAGUGGCAAAAUACCGUGUGUAAAAGACGUGAAAAUGGCUCGAUAUAAUUUUAUCGUCGUGUGUCUGUGUGUGUUUUUAAAUGUUGUGGUAUCACAGUUGGGUUUCUCCAACGAGCGGGGCGACAGGCGCUACGCAAACCCGCUCGGAUUCACGCAAAACUUCAUCCCAAAAAUACGCGACAGACUGACAUCUGUUCUACACCUGCAACCGCAAAACAGACCCAGCGAAUACGUAUAUCCGUUCAAUGAUAACAGACCCAUAUCGAAUCCAAACGAGUACUACGAUCAAUAUGGACGGCCCAUCUCGUAUCCCCCACAAUAUCCUGGAAAUAAUUAUGACUACUACUCCAGACCUGGUCUACCAACGUGGGGCAACGGAAAUUGGCAAAAUAAUAACGGGCAAUGGCAAAAUAAUCCAGGACAAUGGCAAAAUAAUGGAAGAGAGUCCGAUGUAAACUUCCCCAUUGACAUACCCGCAGAAGCUACACAGCCUCCUUUCCCUGUAAACGGAGAUCAGGGUGCGAACGAUGAUUUUUCAAGUAAUAAUAAGCCAGGUCUACCUACUGCUCCUAUUGCUGACGGCGAAUACAGUGAAGGUAAAUCCAACGGUGUAAACUUCCCCGGUGAUAAUUCUGGGAUCCCUGCACUACCUCCUCUUUCACCAGUCGCUACAGAAGCUCCAGUGUUACCAACCUUGACACCAGUUCCGGGUUCUGUGGACGCAAUAAUGACAGAGAAACCUUCAGAGCUGCCACCAUUGGCACCAGUAUUGACUGAAAAGCCCGUAGAGUUCCUCCCUCUGGCCCCGGUACCUGCGGAUUCCAACCAGCCCGCAUUCACAUCCUCGCCAUCGGACACCACAACAUUACCACCUCUGACGCCCGUGCCAGCUUCCGAAUCAAGAAACAAUUUCAACUUUGGCUCUGCAGGACUAUUCAGUGACCCUUGCGAGUUGGAUGGUGUGACGGGAUACUGCGUGCCGAUCUACAACUGUGACCGGUUCGUGAAGCUGCUGCACCAGUCCAAGUCCAACCCAGCUCUGGUGCGGAUGCUCAGAGCAGCCCACUGCGGUUUCGAGGGGAACGAUCCGAAGGUAUGCUGCCCAGGUCAAGCGCUGCCUAUCCCCACCGCCCCGCCGCCCACUUUCCCCCCCGCUCCUACCGAGCCCCCCACUCAACCUCCGACUCAGCCCCCUACUCAGCCCCCCACUGCCAAGCCUGAAGAGAAAGCAGCAGACACUGACGCCAGCGACUACGUCAGCAGUCUACCUGCGCCACCAUACUGUGGGUUCAGUAAUGCCACUCUUGGGAGGGUGGUAGGAGGCGUUGACGCUCGACUUGGUGACUUCCCCUGGAUGACACUACUUGGCUACAAGAAGCCAAGCCACACCGCCUGGCUAUGUGGAGGGACCCUGGUCUCCCCCAAGCAUGUGCUCACUGCCGCCCAUUGUAUCUUCGGACAGGAGAAGUCUCUCUACGUGGUCCGUCUGGGAGAACACGACCUGGCGAGAGAAGACGAGGGCGCUACGCCUGUAGACGUGCUGAUCAAGAGAGCCAUCAAGCACGAGGAGUAUAGUCGCGAGCACCUGACCAACGACAUUGGCAUUCUGGUGCUGCAGCAGCAAGUUCAGUACAGUGCACUCAUCCAGCCGAUAUGCCUCCCUCAAAGCGCUGAGUUACGAGCCACUACCUUCGAGAACUACACGCCUCUCAUAGCCGGAUGGGGUGCCACAGAAUUCAGAGGGCCAUCAGCAACGAUUCUUCAGGUUUUGCAGCUACCAGUAGUCAGCAACGAAUUCUGCCGAAACGCCUAUAAAGCCUACACAAAGCAAAUCAUCGACCAGCGAGUGGUUUGCGCUGGUUACAAGGCUGGAAAGAAAGAUGCCUGCCAAGGUGACAGUGGCGGACCUUUGAUGCAACCGAUUUUGAAUCAAAACAAAGUGAAUUUCUACCAAAUCGGCGUGGUGUCGUAUGGCAAGAAAUGUGCGGAACCCGGCUUCCCAGGAGUCUACACUCGGGUAACAGAGUUCAUACCCUGGCUAGAAGAGAAGAUUUUAGGGCCCGCUUAGAUACUCGAUAAAAAUAAGGGUUGUCGCACUUUAGACGCAUUAGGUACGAGCCUAUUACAAUACGCGAUUCGAUGGUCCAAUUUAUCGGGUAUGAGUAUAAAAUGUAUGGCGAAAUCGUGACCCCUCCCAUUUGAAGAAUCAUUACCUACACCGCCCGGUAACGAUGAAUCGCGUAAUGUAUUAGGACCUUUAUUUCUACGAGGUGUGCUCGUGUAGCUUUCUAUCUUGACAAGCAGAAUUCUAUCCUGUAAUUGGCUGAAAUGUCAAAGAAUUGACAGGAGUUGAUAGUUUCAACCAAUCACAGGAUAGAAUUUCUAUCUGUCAAAAUAGAAAGUAAGACACAUCAUGAGACACAUUAAGACACACGAUUAGGCCUGAGUUAUUAGCGUACGUUUACGUAGAUACAUAAUAGGGUAGUUUCCUAGGUCAAAGAUAAAUUAUGAAAUUCCUAAAUAAGGACAGAUCUAAAGAUAACAAAAAACGUUUUCUUAUUCUACUUAUUUAUCUCAUUUUGUCACGUUUUUCUAUGACUAUACAGGUUGUUUUUUUAUACAAAUUCAUUAAUAGAAAGUAACUGAUUUGACUUUUGACUAGUUGGAAACUACCCUACUAUACUAAUUCGUACCAUAGUGCGACCGUCCUAAUUAUAACUCAUAUUAAAUCAUUAAAACCAUGUUGUGAUGAUUUUUGUAUUAUGAUGAAGCUGAAGGCAGAACCGUACUAUAGGAUUAACUCGUGUUAGUGUCUUAAUUUAACACUCAAAUUCACUCAAGCCAUCCCUUAAAUUAAUACUGGUUAUUGUUGUGUAGUUAAUAAAUGCCAAACUCUCUAUUAAAGUAUUGUUUUUGUUUGCACCUUGUGUGAUCAAAUUAGUACAUACUUACUCUUAUACAAUAUUAUUUUUAAUAAUGUUAAUUUUUAUUUUUUUUAUAUAUUAUAAUAAGUUAAUAUAAAUUAGAUACCUAAUGUCUGAACGGAAAUUAAAUAUUUAGGUAAUGUAUACUUGUGUCUUAUAUACACAAUCAGUGAUGUUUAUGUAUUACGUGCAAUAAAUGUUAUUAA